UUCCUAAAAGCCCAAACACCUUCAGUCUAAGGGCUGGGGCUAAGGGAGAGAGGAGCAGGAGGGCCCAGUUUGGCGCUAAAGAAAAAACAGUACUUUUUUGCACUUAUGGCUUUGUUGUAGUAACUGAAAUUACCAACACACCGUCCCUUUUCUGUAUUUGAGGAAGGAAAAGGACCUACAUUUUGUACUGAAAAGUCGCCGUUUUUUUUAGGAGCUUUGAGUAGCUGAGUGAGUGAGUGACAAUGGAGAUGAAAAUAUGGUCCACAAGGUGGAAAACGAAAAGGUGUCUGUGGGACCCCACUCUAACCACCAUCGUCACUAUCACUUUCCUUCUGCAAGCCGUCAAUGUCAAAGCAGCUGACCCAGUGGAUGUACUCAAGGCUCUGGACUUCCACAGCUCCCCGGAUGGCGUCCGUAAAGUCACGGGCCUCUGCGCUCACCGGAGAGGAUCUAAACCUGACAUAGCCUUCCGCGUAGGAAAACAGGCUCAGAUCAGCGCUCCCAGCAUGCAACUCUUCCCAGGAGGAGUGUUCCCAGAGGACUUCUCAGUGAUGUUCACCAUAAAGCCCAAGGCAGGCAGCCAGUCUUUCCUGCUGUCUGUGUAUAACGAGAAGGGGGUCCAGCAACUGGGUGUGGAGGUGGGACGCUCCCCUGUCUUCCUGUACGAAGACCAACAUGGGAAACCUGCCCCAGAGGAGUACCCACUGUUCAGAUCCAUCAACCUCGCUGACGGCAAAUGGCAUCGCGUCGCCAUCAGUGUGGAGAAGAAGAGCGUGACCAUCAUUGUGGAUUGUAAGAAGAAGCUGAGCAGGCCACUGAAGAGGAGCGACGGGGCAGCCAUCAACACUGACGGCAUCACCGUGUUCGGUACCAGGAUUCUGGACGAAGAGGUCUUUGAGGGUGACAUCCAGCAGCUGCUGAUUGUGGCCGACCCAAGGGCAGCGUACGACUACUGUGAACACUACAGCCCCGACUGUGAAACACCGCACCAGGAACAACCACAGGCACAGGAACCAGAGGAUGAGUACAAUUCAUACGACCUAGAGUACAGUGAGGUCUAUGACUACAGUGAAGGAGAAGUGGCCACUGAAACUGCCCCAACCGAAGGAGCACCUGUACCUGAGGCUGCCGCUGUGGAUGCAGCCGCUGUGGAUGGAGAAUACACAGCCUAUGACUACGGCACGGUGGACAGCGCUCAACCGGCUGAGAACCCUACAGACUCAACCUCUCCAAUCCUGAACUAUGACGAGGAAAAAGUUGAUGAUUACAUCACAGGCGUGGAGAAGGUUGGCGCCGACCCUACGGCUACCGCAGAAACCGGCUCAGACACCAAAGGUCCCGACCCCGGCGAGAACUCGUACGAUUUUAAGGAGUAUGAUCUGAAGGAAUACGGCGACACCAAGGAGAUGAAACAGACCUACGAGUACGGGGAUUAUGGAGACUAUGGUACUGGCGAGGCCCAACCCACCGCCUCUGUCUCAGGCUAUGAGGAUGAGUUUGGGCCCGGUAUACCCGCUGAGACCGAGACAGAGUCUAGUAUGGGAGGACGAGGAUAUGGUGGUGAGAAGGGAGAGAAAGGAGAACCCGCCGUCAUUGAACCCGGGAUGCUGAUUGAAGGACCCCAAGGAACCCCCGGCCAAGCUGGUCUCCCCGGCUCCCCAGGCUUGCAGGGUUCCCCUGGCCCACACGGAGAUCACGGUGACAGGGGACCUAGAGGUCUGCUUGGCCCUAGGGGAUCACCUGGGACUGGUGGACAGCGUGGUCUCGCUGGACUGGAUGGCCAAGCUGGUCCCAAAGGAAACCAGGGCCAACAAGGAGAGUCGGGGCCUGCCGGACAGCAGGGGAUCCCUGGAUCACAAGGUCUUGUUGGUCCUCAAGGCCCGAUCGGACCACCUGGUGAAAAAGGACCGUCAGGUCGUCAGGGAUUGGCUGGUCUGGCUGGUGCCGACGGUCCUCCCGGUCACCCAGGGAAGGAGGGUCCUCCGGGAAUGAAAGGAGGCGUCGGUCAUCCUGGUCCUCCGGGUUCUCUUGGGUACCCUGGCCCUCGCGGUGUCAAGGGCGCCGAGGGAGUCAGAGGUCUUAAAGGCGGCGGAGGAGAAAAGGGAGAGGAUGGUUUUCCAGGUUUCAAGGGUGACAUGGGCAUCAAGGGAGACAAGGGAGAGCUCGGUGUCCUAGGAACCAGAGGUGAAGACGGACCUGAAGGCCCCAAAGGUCGUUCCGGCCCCAACGGAGAGGCUGGACCCAUCGGGUCGGCUGGAGAGAAGGGUAAACUUGGUGUCCCUGGAUUACCCGGUUACCCAGGAAGACAAGGACCUAAGGGCUCCAGUGGCUUCCCUGGAUUCCUCGGAUCCAACGGAGAGAAAGGAGGAAGGGGUAUCGCUGGUAAAUCUGGACCCAGAGGACAACGUGGCCCAACGGGUCCCCGUGGUGGAAGAGGUGCCAAGGGACCAACUGGAAAGCCAGGUGCUAAGGGAACAUCAGGCAACGACGGACCUCCCGGUGGAUCAGGAGAGAGAGGACCUCAAGGACCACAGGGGCCAGUCGGCUUCCCAGGACCUAAGGGCCCUAAUGGGCCCCCAGGUAAAGACGGAACGCCUGGUCACCCUGGGCAGAGAGGAGAGACAGGUUUCCAGGGAAAGACUGGCCCACCUGGGCCUGGAGGGGUUGUAGGACCUCAGGGACCAACGGGAGAGACCGGCGGCAUCGGAGAGAGAGGACACCCUGGUUCCCCUGGACCCCCCGGAGAGCAAGGUUUACCUGGAGCUGCUGGGAAAGAAGGAGGAAAGGGUGACCCAGGUCCAAUGGGUACGUCUGGGAAGGUUGGCCCAGCCGGGCUCAGGGGCUUCGCUGGACAGAGAGGUCUUCCUGGGGCAAAUGGUCCAGCUGGUUUGAAGGGAGGUGAAGGACCACAGGGUGCCCAAGGCCCCAACGGUUCUCCUGGAGAACGAGGUGCUGCCGGUCCUGGAGGUCCCAUCGGUCUAUCAGGACGCACUGGACCCCAGGGAGGUCCGGGUCCAGCCGGAGAGAAGGGAGGCCCGGGAGAGAAAGGUCCCACGGGACCAGCUGGACGUGACGGUAUCCAAGGUCCAGUUGGUCUUCCUGGCCCUGCAGGGCCCCAGGGGCCCCCUGGAGAGGACGGAGACAAGGGAGAGGUUGGUGAGCCUGGCCAGAAGGGAAGCAAAGCAGACAAGGGUGAACAGGGUCCUCCUGGUCCGGGAGGUCUUCAAGGUGUCAUCGGAGCUCCUGGUCCUGCUGGUAGUGAUGGUGAGUCAGGACCCAGGGGUCAGCAGGGUAUGUUUGGCCAGAAGGGAGACGAAGGAUCCAGAGGAUUCCCUGGGCUACCUGGACCCAUCGGACUGCAGGGCCUGCCUGGUACAUCAGGAGAGAAGGGAGAGAACGGGGACGUCGGCCCAAUGGGUCCGCCUGGUCCUCCAGGUCCCAGAGGUCCCCAGGGUUCUAGUGGAGCUGACGGUGCCCAAGGCCCUCCUGGUGGAGUGGGUUCAAUGGGAGGUAAUGGAGAAAAGGGAGAGAGCGGUGAAGCCGGCAACCCGGGACCAUCCGGAGAGCCUGGUGGUGGAGGCCCCAGAGGAGAGACAGGGGAGAAGGGAGAGUCAGGACCUCCUGGAGCUGCUGGACCUGCAGGGGCCCGCGGACCCGGAGGAGACGACGGCCCCAAGGGCAACCCUGGUCCCGUUGGCUUCCCUGGAGACCCUGGUCCCCCUGGAGAGCCUGGAGUUGGUGGAUUGGAUGGCUUGGCUGGAGACAAGGGAGAUGACGGAGAGGCCGGUCAGCCUGGUCCAUCUGGCCCUUCUGGAGAAGCUGGGUCACCAGGGCCCCCCGGCAAGAGGGGACCCAUUGGACCAGCCGGUACUGAGGGAAGACAAGGAGAGAAGGGAUCUAAGGGUGAGGCUGGAGCCGAAGGGCCUGAUGGUCAGACUGGACCUGUCGGACCCCAGGGGCCCUCUGGUAAACCCGGACCCGAUGGCCUGCGUGGAAUCCCCGGCCCUGUUGGUGAACAAGGACUUCCGGGUGCUUCUGGAAUGGACGGACCCCCUGGACCUAUGGGACCCCCUGGUCUCGCUGGUUUGAAAGGAACUGCUGGGGGUAAGGGAGAAAAGGGUCACCCAGGUCUGAUUGGUCUGAUUGGGCCGCCUGGUGAGUUCGGAGAGAAGGGAGACAGAGGCCUGCCUGGACCACAAGGAACUGGUGGAGGCAAGGGAGACACUGGUGUUGGUGGUUCUGCUGGUCCUCUUGGUCCUCCUGGACCUCCUGGUAUUCCUGGACCUGUGGGCUCUAAGGGGUCCAAGGGAUCAUCAGGUGGAGCUGGCCAGAAAGGAGACACUGGUAUGAUCGGACCACCCGGAGCUCCUGGUCCUCCUGGUGACAUCAUCCAGCCGCUGCCCAUCCAGCAGGCGAGCAGGAAGAACAGACGGCAGGCGGAGGACGACGGCGUGCAGGGCGACGAGGCGGGAGGCAUGGCGGACUACGGCACGGAGGCAACAGCAGACAUGGAGGACGUGUUCGGUUCCCUGAAUAACUUGAAGCAGGACAUCGAGAGGAUGAAGUUCCCCAUGGGAACACAGGACAACCCUGCCAGGACCUGUAACGACCUGCACCUCAGCCAGCCUGACUUCCCUAACGGUGAGUACUGGAUUGAUCCUAACCAGGGCUGUACUGGAGACUCCUUCAAGGUCUACUGUAACUUCACCGCUGGAGGAGAGACCUGUAUCUACCCUGACAAGAAGUCCGCUGGCGUCAGAAUAUCGAACUGGCCGAAAGAGUCUCCUGGAUCAUGGUUCAGUGAAUUCAAACGUGGAAAAAUAUUGAACUAUGUGGACAUGGAGGAGAACACCAUCCAGACAGUCCAGAUGACCUUCCUGAAGCUGCUCAGCUCGUCAGCCCGUCAGAAUUUCACCUACAUCUGCCACCAGUCUGUAGCCUGGUACGAUGCCAAGGCAGACGGCUACGACAAGGCUCUACGCUUCCUGGGCUCCAACGACGAGGAGAUGUCCUACGAUAACAACCCCUUCAUCAAGGCCCUGUCGGACGGAUGCUCGCUGAAGUCGGGCUACUCCAAGACGGUGAUGGAGAUCAACACUCCUCGCGUCGACCAAGUGCCCAUCAUCGACGUCAUGUUUAAUGACUUUGGCGACCCCAGCCAGCGGUUCGGGUUCGAGGUGGGCCCCGUCUGCUUCAUGGGCUAGGACCUUACCACCCCCUGAACCCUAACCGCCCCCCCUCCCACCCACCCCGAACCAGCUGAAGGACAGUGUUAGAGGGCGUUCUGUUCUAUGCCUUGUACUGCUGACUGAGUACCUGACAUCCAUCAAUCACCCUGUUCUCUUCUAGACCCGACCUGGCCUUGUCUCAGGUGCUCUGAACAAAACCUGUGUUUUAUAUCAUUGAUAUGAUCAGACCACCAGCAUCAGACCACCAGCACGCUGCCCUCCCCCAUUGAACAACAGCCCCCCCCUGCCCUACCCACUAUAGAACAA